UAAGGGUGAUCCAGCUGCAGUGUGGCCAGCCAGAAGCAUCAGUCACUGCUGGGCUGCUGAGGAGUGGCUGCCCAUCCGCAAGAAUGGCUCAGAACAUGACUUGUGACACAUGGCUGGGAGUAGAGGCCGUCCUAGAAAAGUACUUUCUUCCUAUCCUUUAUUCCAUUGAGUUUGUCAUUGGCAUCCUUGGGAACACGGCUGUUGUUUUGGGCUAUGUCUUCUGCCUGAAAAAGUGGAAAAGUGGCAACAUUUACCUCUUCAAUCUCUCCCUUUCUGACCUUGCCUUCCUAUGUACGCUCCCCAUGUUGGUGAGAAGCUACGCCAGUGGGAAAUGGACUUAUGGGAAUAUCCUGUGCAUCAGUAACAGGUACUUACUCCAUGCCAACUUGUACACGAGCAUCCUUUUCCUUACAUUUAUCAGCAUUGACAGGUACCUGCUGAUGAAAUACCCCUUCAGAGAACACUUCCUGCAAAAGAAAGAAGUUUCUAUCUUCAUCUCGGUGAUCAUCUGGAUUUGGGUGACACUUGAGCUUCUACCAAUCCUCCUUUUCAUUGAGCCGACCACAGCGAACAAUGACACCACCUGUAAUGACUAUGCAAGCUCUGGAGAUCCCAAAUACAGCCUCAUCUAUAGUGUGUGUCUAACUGUGCUAGGGUUCCUCAUUCCACUCUUUGUCAUGUGCUUCUUUUACCUGAAAAUUGCCCUUUUCCUAAAGGAGAGAAGCAAACAACUCACUACUUCUCUCCCCCUUGAGAAGCCUCUCAACUUAGUUAUCAUGGCAGUGGUGAUAUUCUCAGUUCUCUUUACCCCCUACCACAUCAUGCGAAAUGUGAGGAUAGCUUCCCUCCUUGAGGUCUGGAAACAGAACAAAUGCACACAGAUCACCAUCAGCUCAUUCUACAUUAUGACCCGACCCUUGGCCUUUCUGAACAGUGUGAUCAACCCUCUUUUCUAUUUUCUAAUGGGGGAUCACUUCAGGGAUAUGAUGAUCAGUCAAGUGAGGACCUUCUUCAAAUCCAUUAGAAGGUGACCCCACUAGCCUGCUGAUGCCAUCUUUCAAGGGCAUGUGGAGUUCCCUUUUCUUUAGGGGAACAUGUUUUUGUUUCUCUGAUAGGUCACAUGGAUUGUGGGCUUGUUUUGUUGGCUCCCAGGCUCAUCUAAGAGGGCUUUAGCUCUGUUCCCUGAAACAUAGGCCUGCUGCCCUCAUGUCUCUUUAAAAUGAAGGCCCCUAUUUUUUAAUACCAACAUACUUCUGGAAACAUCACACAGCACCAAGUCAAGGAACUCUACUGUCUCUGAAGAAAUGAAAUUUCAGGUCACCAAUCAGGCAAUAGAGAGGAACAUGGGAGGGGAGGAGCUGGCUGCAACCCAUCACACUCAAGGAAUGAGGCAAUAAAUGAUGGAAAAAAGACAAUGGGCUAUUCCUGUGGAGAGAGCAGGGGUAAAUGGCCCAUGGCCACAUUAGUAUUCUAAUGAGUCAAGAGAAGUUGGUGAUGCCCUCUCCUCUCUACCUCCCCAGCACAUCGGGUCACCUCUCUGCAGCAAACUUAUGGUAGUCACAUAAGGCUGUGCAGUCCAAUCUCUGUCACUGGAAGGAAUGACCACAUAGUGAGAUCACAGAUGCAUUUAAUGACUCUUGGGUCAAUGUGAAGAGAAAUGACCUCAGAAGGUGUAGAGACAUGGGAAUGGACAGGUCGAACCACAGGCUGUUUACAUUGUUCUCUCUGGUUAUUUUCAAAAGGAGAAGAGUGUGGACAAGAUCCCUCUUCCCACUCCUUGAGGAAGUUUGCCACGAGAGAAAAGGGAGAUGGAGGUACAAAAUUCUAUCGAUAGAAUUGCUGACAAAUCGAGAAAGAAAUAUAGCAUUAGAGAAGGGGGACAAAAGGUCUUGCCUUCCCCCAGAGUUCUUUUGUUUUUCUUUGGAUACAUGUUAUAUGUUUAUGUACAUGUAAUAUUCCCUGUUGGAAUGUAAACUCCCUGAGGGCAAGCAUCAGGUGGGUUUUGCCUUUAUUUACCUAGCACCCAGCCCAGUGAUGGAGAUGGUUUAAGCUACACCAAAGCUUAAAACUCUAAGACUUCUGGGACAUUCAGUAGAGCAGCCAGUCAAUGAAUACUUGUUGAUUAAUUCCAGGGGUGUGUGAUAUGAUGUGUGCAUUAAGUGUGAUAUGGGGUGGUGGAAGAUGGGGCAAAGAAGCAAUCUGGAAGAAUCAUUUCUUUCUCUCUCCACUUUUACAGCCACCACCCUGGCCUGGUGCAGGCCCUUGUCACCUCCUACCUGGAUCAUUGUGGGGGGCUGGCUUCCCAUUAGUUUCCCUGUCUCAAAUCUCUCUCUACUCAACUGCCAAAGUGAUUCUCUUGUCACAGUUCUAACCACGUCACACCCCCUCCUCAAGAAACCCCUGUGACUCCCUAUUACUUCCAGGACCAAUUGUAAAGUCUGGCUUCCAAAGCCCUCCCCUUCCUGGCCUUUCCUGUCUUUUUACACCUUCCUCCCUUCCAUGGACUCUCUGAUGCAGUGGCUCCAGCCUUCCUUUGGUUCUUUGCACAUGUCACCCUCUUGAUGAGACCUGUUGGCUGCCUGGCUCUCCCCACUGGCUGAAAUGUUCUCCCUCUUGGCCUCUGCUUCCCAGCCUCCCUGGAUGCCUUUAAGUUUCAGCUCAAAUCCCAUCCCAUCCCCCCACAAUGAGUACCUUCCCUCUGAGCUUCCCAGCUACCCUGUGUAUAUCUAGUGUGUACAUGGUGGUUUGUAUAUAAUCUCCUCUGUUAAGAUGUGAGCUACCUGAGAGCAGACAUCGUGUUUCUGCCUUCAUUUGUACCCCAGCCCAUGGCACAGUGGUUGGAACAGAGAGCUUAAUAAAUGUUUGCUGCCUCACUGCCUCCUACAAAAUUGGAGGGGAGAAAGAAUGUUUCAUUUUUGUGGGAAUCAAAUGCUAUGAUUGUGACUUUGAAGAAACCACCAUCCCUCUGUAUAGGGCUAUCUUUGAAUUUAUUUUUUUCCCCAAACCCACUUUCAGGAUGUCAAAAAAUAAGGAAUUUCUUUUUAAGUCCCAAAUUGUUGUGUUUCACCCCCCUCCUCAACAGCAGGAAACUUUGAUCCUCUGAAAGCCCUGUGAUUUCACCACUGUGGGCAUGCCCUUGACCAAGAGAGAUGGAACCCACCCCCCUCUUAUCUGUUUCAAGAGGGGUGCAACAAUUUCACUACCUGGUCACUGGCCUUCUGGCGAUGAAUGCAUGCAAAUAACCUAUAUAUUCUGCAGCCCUUUGAGAAUUUACCAAGAAAGUUUAUUAAUUUAAAAUGAAGAAAGGAACAUACAUUUUCAGAAAUGGCCAAGAUUCAACUAUUGGGGGCUUUUAAAAUAAAUUUGCAUUGUGAGGGACGGUAGGGGGAGGGACAGAUUAAUUUUGAAAAGAAAACCAAAAGAACCAAGGCAUAUCUAUUGCUAUCAUAUACCCUAUGCCUCCCAUCCUACUUCAAGUUGGAGAAAGAGGACAUGCCAGUUGUGCUUCCUUUCCCAGGAGGAUCAAGAUCAAAUGGAUGUCCAGGAGAUGCUGCAAACUCUAAUCCUCUGAUUCUCCCACCAUGAAAGACACACACACACACACACACACACACACACACACACACACACAC